UUAAAUUCUGAGAACCUUCGUACCAAUUUAAACGAUAUUUAAAAAAAUCCUUGAAUGGCAGAGGUACUUUUUAUGUUUAUAACAUUCGAAAAAAUAUCAUAGGCGACUUUUAAUACUCAAAGGAGCAUUUUUUUUUGCGUAAACGGGUGGACUUGGAAUAGAAAAAUAAUAUUCACCAUAAGAUUAUUCUUCCCAAAUUUUCCAGUACGUAAAAAUAGUAAAAAAAAAUCAUGUAGAAAGUUUUCAUUGCAAUUUUCCCUCAUUCUUCAUAACAUUUUGUAAAGACUGCAACGGCUGUUUAUCUACAAAAAAUUAUUUUGACCAUUUGUAUGUUUGGUCUUGAAGUUUGAUUUUUGUUCGCAACGCAAUGAAGGAAAGGCUUAUUUUUGAUAUCUUCGGCCAAAUUGACCGUUCUUUUCUAGAACGUGUUCAAGAGAAGCUAACAAAACUCAUUUUUCGUAAUGAUUACCCAUUCAUCAUAAGCAUAUGUCCUGCACUCAUUCUCAGUCGGCUACUAAAUCAUAACACCAUGUUCCGAUUUAUCAUUCUUAUCGCCGGAAUCAAGUUGGUCCCUCAUUCAAGGAUGCAAAUUUGUCUUUUUUCUCUGUUUCUCCGUCCUCUGCUGCUCUCUCUAGUCUCAAGUUCUCCUCUCUCACUGUGUGUUCCUUUUUAUUCGCACGAAUCCGUUUAUUUCUGUGUGAGUUUGCGUGUGGUAAUUUUGUCAUCAUCAAUAAAAACCCAUCAUAAAUGUUUCAUCCCCCUCGUGAACCCUUCAUCGAGAAACUCGUGAAAUUCUGCCUCAAUUCUUGUCUUCGUCUGUUCGCAUUUACAUGAGAAUGGGAUUGAUUCACCCAUGGGAGCAUCGAAGUUAUCACUUUAUCAACAUCGAUCAACGAUGUUUGUAUUCGUUCCCUUGGGCAGGGGCGGGAGUCAACCCAAUUCUCUUCAUUGUUCGUUACACCACCGCUCCUUAUUUUGCAUGUGAGCGUGUUGCGGUGUACCUCUACGCUACACGUGCGUCUAACAGCGGAGCAGAGCAUUCCCUCGAAUUAUGAGAUGCGGGACAAUGUAAGACACCAUGCGUCUCCAUCACGAUUGAGGUGGGCAGUGUAGUUGUAACACAUAAAAUAGAAAAGUAAUAAGCAUUAUUGGCGAAACAGUACUGUAUGAUUAAAAACAAGUUUCGCACACAACAAGCUGCGGGAGAAAUCCCACAAUAUUCCAGAAGAAAUCUCCGGAAGAACUUCAGGAAUUCCUAGAUGUGUUUGUUCAUUUAUAAGAAAAUGCACUAUCCGGAAACCCACUAUACGCCACGCGAGUGGAAACGAAAGCUUACCACCCGCUCGGCCUUGCCGCUCAUCCAUCAUCCUCCACCCAUCCGACCACCCACCAGUUGCCUGUCUCAGCACGCUCUCUCCACCCAAUCCUCGUGCAGCAAUUCCUUCUCACUCAAUAAAACUUGGCCGUUAACCAUCAGCUCUCGGUCCGGCGGCCGCACCGCACCGCACCACCGAGCGAGAAUCGUUUGUUUCCCUUCAAUCCAUCAUUGUUUUGUGCAGCUUGUGUGCGCUUGAAUGGGGCGGGAUGGCGACCGGGCGGGCCGGCGCUGAGAAUUUAUCGCUCAUUCUUCGACGUUUUUUGGCAGACCAACUGUCUGCUUGUUUCGACUACAUAUCCACAUGCCAACGUCAGCAUACACUAGCUGCUGAGGGCAGCGGGCUUCGCAACAGAACCGUCGCCAACCAACCCACCAGUGGACAGCUGAAUACUGUGUGACAGUAGCUUCCUAUAAUCGAAUGGUCAAGCUACACAAAAGCAGCGCGGAUGGAGACCAAUCGAUCGACCGAAUAAGUUAUUAUUAGUGGAACAACAUUAAAUAUAAAUACAAAACCGAGCAUUGGAGCUCUGUUGAUUGGCUAAGGCGAAUCAACUCUAAAUGGUAUGGGGAAUCGAGUGAAAUUUUCAAACAAAUGACCACGCUGCUACUUAAGUGGUAGGUAUACAGUGCAUCUUGGGUUGGAUCGUAUGUUGUUUAUUUUGAACAUGGCUUCAAUCGAUUUCUUGAGCAUUGCUUGGCAUGUGCGUUCUUUCUUGGCUCGUGUACUGACUGAUACGUUCGAAGUAUCGACCAAUGAAACGGCAGCUUGAGUGGCUGGCAUUUCGCUUGUUCGACGAACAAAAGAUAAGGGUUAUGAUUUAAGCUAAAUUUUUCAAAGUAGAUUUUGAUUGGAACACGAGAUAUUGUUAGAAAAUGUGGGUGUUAAAAAUCAGUUUGAGUUUCACUUAACUGUUCUAUUUAAUUUGAAAAUGAUAAGGCUAAACGAGAAGGAGAAUGAUAAAAAUAAGCAUUUAUUUAACAUGUAUUAGCAAAUUAGAUGUUCUACUAGUUCGAUUGUGAUUGGAGCUUAGAGAUAGUUUUGGCUCUGCAGUCUAAUUUAAGUGGAACAAAAUUAAAUAGUUUGUUCUACUGAAAUAAAACUGCAAAGCGGAAACCAUCUCUAAUGACAUGCAGCCGUUGAGUGUUCACCACAGCUACAUACCAGGUUUCAUUGGCGUAUAUCAGCACAGAUUUCUCAGUUGACAAACGUUCUUCGUGCGCGACACAAGUGUUUUUCAUACAGCUUUACGUCUUUCAAUAAGUCCGUUGUUCCUGUUGUGUUGGAAUUUGCAGCCAUUGCAGGAUGUCUACGCACAGGAAAAACACACUCGUCGUUGACUUUAGUGUCCUGCCACGACGACCCAAACUAGACCAGAUCGAGGAAUUCCUCAAGGACGACGUAAAAAUCGACCUGGCCGACGUCAAGAACAUCCAAAUACACAAUAUCAAAAACUGUGUGUAUAUUGAGAUGACUGACGCUGGCCUUGCACCACGACUACAAAAGCAACAUCAUCUCAAACAUUACUACAUCCACGAAGGAAAAAAGUACUACAUCCCAGUCUACGUAGAUGGCCCCACGACCACCGUAAAGAUCCACGACAUUUCACCGCAAAUGUCGAAUGACAUCAUCGUGCGCCACAUGCAGCAGUACGGUAAAGUUAUAUCCAUUGAAAACGAUGUAUGGAAAAAUUUCUUCCCUGGGAUUCUAAACGGCGUCAGAAUUGUUCGAAUGAGACUGGAGAAGACGCUGCCGUCUCGCAUUGUGGUUAACGGAGAAAGCACGUACGUAACGUACCCAAAAAUAAACGCACAAUCAUCAAGCAAGCCAACACUACUAUCAAGCUCUGCUGAAGAGCAAAACCGCAUUGGUGACAAACAAUGCAAAAUUGUUGAUCACCCAUCGAUUGCGACUCGCGCCGACACAAGUGACGAUGACAACGACGACGACGACGACGACGGCGGCGGUGAAGGUGAUGAUAAUAGAAUCAACGAUACCGAUGAGCACGAAACUGAAACCGUUGAAGCUGAGGGGGAGCCGGAGACUGCGAAGAGACGGUUGUCAACUGAAACGGAAAAUGGAAGAAGAGAAGAGAGCGUAGCAAAACGAUCAUGCAACGAGGAAGCACAGAAAGCUGAAUUAGGAUGGACGGUUUAUCAAACUAGAUCGAAGAAGAAACAAGUUAUGCAAAUUGAAUAAUAUUGUAUUGUUUUGAUGCAUUUUAUCGACACGAAUGCACCAUAACGGUGUAAAGUGUCGUAAAUAAAUAAAACAACAACAACAACAGCACAGAUUUCUCGUUUGAGUUAAAUUCUGAAACGAGAUUAAGUUAAACGUUUCGAAUUCAUUUGGAUGUUCAGGGGUUUUCAUAUCGUGUAUAGCAGUGCACUUGGUGCACCAUGAAGACUUAUUUUAAGUUGCUGAAGACACCGACACGAUUGAAUGCGAAAUCGCAGUUUUAUCUACGAUUCCGCACUUAUAUUAACUGCAAAAGAGGUCCAGUGGGGUGGGAAAUGCGUAAUAUUUCACUAUGAAUUUGCUCAACAUCUUCCUCAACAUUCCGUAGGAUCUCGUCCGAAAGAGCUCCCCACGUAACGAAAAAAACAUGCUAACAAACGCUAAUCAUAUACAUAAGUGUGGAAAAAAUGUUUUAACGACAAUACUUAAUAUAUUGAAGGGGUAUUGAAGAGGUGCACCUCGAAACAAUCUUCAAUAAGUGCACCGCGAGCCAAACGCUCUGAUAUAUGGCAC